AUGAAGUCACAGAAAUUCUAUCAGUGUGAUGAAUGUGGCAAAUCUUUCAAUUGGAGCUCACACCUCACUGGCCAUCAGAGAAUCCACACUGGAGAGAAACCCUAUGAGUGUAUCGAGUGUGGCAAGACCUUCAGGCAGACCUCUCAGCUCAUAGUUCACCUGAGAACCCACACAGGGGAAAAGCCCUAUGAAUGCAGCAAGUGUGGGAAGACCUACUGGCACAGCUCCCAUCUCGUUCAACACCAGAGACACCAUGAUGGGGAGAAACCGUAUACCUGCAAUGAAUGUGGAAAAGCCUUUGCUCAGAGUUCCCAACUCAUUGACCACCAGAGGACCCAUACUGGGGAGAAACCUUAUGAAUGCAGUGACUGUGGGGAGACCUUCAUUCGGAGUAAAAGUCUUGUCCGACAUCAGGUUCUACACACUGGUGAGAAACCCUAUAAGUGUAACGAAUGUGGGAAAGCUUUCUGUUCUAAUAGAAAUCUUACUGACCAUCAGAGAAUUCACACUGGGGAGAAGCCUUAUGAGUGUUUUGAAUGUGGCAAGACCUUCAGUCGGAACAAAUGUCUUACCCGACAUCAAAGUCUCCACACUGAGGAAAAGCCUUACAAGUGCAGGGAGUGUGGGAAAGCCUUCAGUCAGAACUCUCAGCUCGCCGACCAUGAGCAAAUUCAUACUGGAGAAAAGCCUUUUGAAUGCAGUGAGUGUGGGAAGGCAUUCAGCCUGAGUAAAUGUCUUAUUCGACAUCAGAGGCUUCACACAGGUGAAAAGCCCUAUAAAUGCAAUGAGUGUGGAAAAUCCUUCAAUCAAAACUCACACCUCAUCAUACACCAGAGAAUUCACACUGGCGAGAAACCUUAUGAAUGUAGUGAGUGUGGGAAGGUCUUCAGUUACAGCUCCAGUCUAAUGGUACAUCAGAGAACCCAUACUGGGGAGAAACCCUACAAAUGUAACAAUUGUGGGAAAGCCUUUAGUGACAGCUCACAACUCAUUGUGCACCAGAGAGUUCACACUGGCGAGAAACCCUAUGAAUGUGCUGAGUGUGGGAAAGCCUUCAGUCAGCGUUCCACUUUUAACCACCACCAGCGAACUCACACUGGAGAGAAGCAGUCAGGUGUGGCUCGGUCAGCUUCCUGAGGCCUAAGUAUCCAAGACUGAGAGCAAGGCACUUGGCAUUAAGCUUUCUUUGUAAGAAGGGUGUUUACUCUGCCCCCCUGCAGGAGCCAUUAAUGAAAGUGGGCCAUCCUCUGAGUGCUGUCUGCUGGGUCAUGAGGGUGGGAGAGUGGGGAACAGUGUGUUCCCUGCCCACCAUUGUGGACGGAUGGAC